GGAUUUUAGUUGUGUGUUUAUGGCAUCGUAUUCAUUCAACGGAAGGUGAAAGUCUGCCGGUCUGCGCCAGCGUCUGAUAUCAAUGGCUUUCAGGGCUCAUUUUAUUUGAAUGUCUGGACUUUAUAUAAUUUCUCUCCUAAGAAACCAAUGAUGGAUAUCCUAUGGAUUUUAUGGACGCUACCCUCAGUCCUGGCUAUUGAAGAAAUGUUGAUGGACUCCACCACAGCGACCGCAGAGCUUGGCUGGACAGUAUAUCCAGUGUCGUCAACAGGUGACAGCAGUAUAAGUUGGGAAGAAGUGAGUGGUUAUGAUGAGAACAUGAACACCAUUCGUACCUAUCAGGUGUGUAAUGUCUUCCACGCCAACCAAAAUAACUGGGUGCGUACCAAGUAUAUCCGAAGAAGAGGGGCUCAGCGCAUUCACGUGGAGAUGAAGUUCUCAGUGCGCGACUGCAGUAGCAUCCCAGGAGUCCCUGGUUCCUGCAAGGAAACUUUCAACCUCUACUACUAUGAAUCAGACUCUGACACAGCCACUAAAGUCCAUCCUCCAUGGAUGGAAAACCCUUGGAUCAAGGUGGAUACCAUUGCGGCAGAUGAGAGUUUCUCUCAAGUAGACCUGGGCGGACGUGUGAUGAAGAUUAACACAGAGGUUCGCAGUUUUGGCCCAGUCUCCCGUAACGGUUUCUAUCUAGCUUUCCAGGACUAUGGAGGGUGCAUGUCGUUAAUCGCUGUGCGGGUGUUCUACCGGAAGUGUCCUCGCACUAUUCGGAACGGAGCAGCAUUUCAGGAGACGCAUUCGGGAGCAGAGAGCACCUCACUGGUGUCGGCGAGGGGAGAGUGCAUCCCUAACGCAGAGGAGGUUGACGUUCCCAUUAAACUGUACUGUAAUGGAGAUGGAGAGUGGAUGGUCCCUAUUGGCCGCUGUAUGUGUAAAGCGGGUCACGAGGCAGUGGAGAAUGGAACUGUUUGCAGAGCAUGCCCUUCAGGUUUCUUCAAGACAGCACAAGGUGACGAGAAAUGCCUGCAGUGUCCAAUCAACAGCCGCACAACCAACAACGGAGCCACCAACUGCGUAUGCCGAACUGGAUAUUACCGCACAGACUCAGACCCCUUAGAGAUGCCCUGUACAACUGUGCCAUCGGCUCCACAAAACGUCAUCUCCAGUGUGAACGAGACGUCUCUGAUGCUGGAGUGGAAUCCUCCACGGGAAACUGGUGGUCGUGAUGACGUUGUCUACAACAUCAUCUGCAAGAGCUGCGGAGGUGGCAGAGGGGGCUGCACGCGUUGUGGGGACAACGUUCAGUUCGUUCCACGCCAGCUGGGACUCACAGACACCCGGGUCUUCAUAAGUGACCUGCUGGCCCACACCCAGUACACGUUUGAAGUCCAGGCUGUUAAUGGAGUAUCAGACCAGAGCCCUUAUUCACCUCAAUACGCAUCAGUCAACAUCACUACUAACCAGGCUGCUCCUUCUACAGUGUCUAUCAUGCAUCAGGUCAGUCGCACCAUUGACAGCAUCACUCUCUCCUGGUCCCAGCCAGAUCAGCCCAAUGGGGUCAUACUUGACUACGAGCUGCAGUAUUAUGAGAAGGACCAGACGGAGCAUAACUCUUCCAUAGUAAAGAGUCAAACCAACACCGCAGUCAUCCGUGGCCUCAAACCUGGAGGCAUUUAUGUCUUCCAGGUCCGAGCACGUACGGUGGCAGGGUUCGGACGGUACAGUGGCAAGAUGUACUUCCAGACCAUGACUGAGGAGGAGUACAACACUAGCAUUCAAGAGAAGCUGCCUCUCAUCAUUGGCUCGGCGGCUGCUGGUCUGGUUUUCCUCAUUGCGGUGGUGGUCAUCAUCAUCGUUUGCAAUCGACGUGGAUUCGAGAGAGCAGAUUCAGAAUACACAGACAAGCUGCCACACUACACCAGCGGCCACAUGUCACCAGGAAUGAAGAUCUACAUUGAUCCAUUUACAUACGAAGACCCCAAUGAAGCUGUGAGGGAGUUUGCUAAGGAGAUUGACAUCUCGUGUGUGAAAAUCGAACAAGUCAUUGGAGCAGUGCACUUGCCUCUGUCCAUAGGAGAGUUUGGAGAGGUGUGCAGUGGAAACCUAAAGCUCCCAGGAAAGAGAGAGAUGUUUGUGGCCAUUAAAACACUGAAGUCUGGUUACACCGAAAAGCAGAGGCGGGACUUCCUGAGCGAAGCAAGCAUCAUGGGGCAGUUUGAUCACCCCAAUGUCAUCCAUUUGGAGGGAGUGGUGACCAAAAGCAGCCCUGUCAUGAUCAUCACAGAGUUUAUGGAGAACGGCUCAUUGGACUCUUUCCUCAGGCAAAACGAUGGGCAGUUCACUGUAAUUCAGCUGGUGGGCAUGUUACGAGGGAUCGGCUCUGGGAUGAAGUACCUUGCAGACAUGAAUUACGUACACCGGGACCUGGCCGCCCGCAACAUCUUAGUUAACAGUAACCUAGUUUGCAAGGUGUCUGAUUUCGGACUCUCACGCUUUUUGGAGGAUGACACAUCGGAUCCCACCUAUACCAGUGCCCUGGGUGGGAAGAUCCCUAUUCGAUGGACAGCCCCAGAGGCCAUCCAAUAUAGGAAGUUCACCUCCGCCAGUGACGUAUGGAGCUACGGGAUUGUCAUGUGGGAAGUAAUGUCGUAUGGAGAGCGGCCAUAUUGGGACAUGACCAAUCAGGACGUCAUCAACGCCAUUGAGCAAGACUACCGGCUGCCCCCUCCCAUGGACUGCCCCAGUGCCCUCCAUCAGCUCAUGCUGGACUGCUGGCAGAAAGACCGCAACAACCGGCCCAAGUUCAGCCAGAUUGUCAACAACCUGGACAAGAUGAUCCGUAACCCCAACAGCCUGAAGGCCAUGACUCCACUCUCAUCAGGUGUGCAUUUGCCCUUGCUUGACCGCAGCGUGCCCGACUUCUCUAGUUUCAACACUGUGGAUGAUUGGCUGGAUGCUAUUAAGAUGGGCCAGUACAAAGACAACUUCGCCAAUGGCAACUUCACCAGCUUCGACCUUGUUUCCCAGAUGACCAUGGAGGAUAUUCUCAGGGUCGGAGUGACACUAGCGGGUCAUCAGAAGAAGAUCCUCAACAGCGUUCAGAUGAUGAGGGCCCAGAUGAACCAGAUCCAAUCGGUAGAGGUUUGACCACGCGAUUAGACUGGGAGGAGGACAAGAGGAGGAGGCGGAGGGCCAACGUGAAGGGAUGGGGCAGCCACUACAGACCCUAAGCCUGAUUUUCCUUCUGGACCACCUAGGAUAUCCACCUGCCCCCUCCUCCGAAACACUCUCGUUCUCCAUCUGUGUUAUCUGAAUUCCCCAUUAACUCCCAGACACCCUAAUGAGCUCGACUCGGGAAAGCUGCGUCUGGAAAAUAUGGUCACAACACCUGAUCGUUUAGCUUUAGCUGCCACCAAUCACAGGAUGACCGAUCAGUCUGCCAGCAAUAGGCUCCGCCCCCUACCUCCCUUGAUUUUUCCUCUUACUUUCCUUCCAUUUUAUUCAGUUUAUUCUUUUUUUAAGUCUUCUUCUUCUUUUUUUUAGUUUUUGUAAAGAAUUUUUAAAGCUAUGAAAACACAAGGAAUCUAUAUAAAAUAUAUAGAUUUGUGUAAAAUUGUAGACUGAAUAUGUUGGACUGACUCAAAAGGCUACCCUUUAAAAGGGCAAUGAAGAAACAGGAGAUCAAAAAAAAAAAAAACACACCACACAAUACAUGCUUCUGAGAUUUUCUUUCUAAUAUUUUAGGAAAAUCUUGAAUAGAAAUAUUGACUGUCUGCUCAAUGGAUACACAGGGGAAAACCUGCGGGACCUUAAUCCCUCUCCCCUCGCUGACAGCCGAGGGAAAAGUAUGUGAACACCAUGAAAUGGAACUUCCUUUUGGCAGCCAAUACUGCCAUGAAGAAAAAUAUAAGACUUUUUUUGCAGUUUAAACUAUAUCAACAUAAACAAACAGACAAACGGAGAAAAAAAAGUCAAAAUAGUUAUCACAGUGUUGAAUUUGUGGUGCAGAUUCCUUAUUGCUGGGGGGAGAAAAAAUAACUAUUUUACAGAUGUCAUAAGAGCCUGCCAAAUAGAGCAUCAUCCCUUUGUACCUUGUCCUGUACAUAUCAGAUGCACUUGUGAGGUCGUCAGUACAAACCUGAUGUAGUCCAACAUUUAGUUUCAGUAUUAGAUGGAUCUACAUUGACAUUUGAUGGUUUUUCUUUCAUGUGUGUGCGUAUAUGACUUGAGGGGGUCAUCUUUUAUAUUCUUCCUCCUUUUUGUCAUGGGCUAAGAUGAUUUAGUUUGAAAGACGGCAUAAGAUAUUCUCCCCCACAAUUUUUUUUUGCAUGUUCUUUCCUUGAACUGCUUAGAGAGAAGGACCCCGAGUGCACGUAUGGUGUGGUCUUCACAUCAUCUACACUUUACUUUUAUGUUUGGAUCCCUGCCGUGUGUGUGUGUGUGUGUGUGUGCAUGGAAUGGAGCACAUGGAGCUACGGAGCACAUGUGGUGCAAAACUAUGAUUUCACCAGAAGCUUGGAUUU